AGCUAAUGAGUCUGAGCACGGGGGUGACAGAAGAACGGUGUCGCCUAAUCGCAGUGUGGUGUGACCUAGCACAACACUAGACGCAGUUUGCGAGUUCCGCUGUAGCAAAGCAGCUGACGGCGCCCGAGACUGUAAAGGCACUCACCCCUCCCGUCCUCCAUGACUGUACUCACAUUGACCGUUGACAUCUUACUGUGUACACUAUCGGCCCUCGCCCGCCGUGCACACCUCAUCCUUGAGCGCGAUAACGGGGGCUGUAUGGAUUUCUGGCAUAGUAGUCUCGACAAUGGGAACGAAAGAGUUGGGGGAGGGGGCGGAGGUAGGAUACCCUCCCCGCACCCUUCCUUGAGGCGCCUUCCCCCCCUACCCGAUCUAUCAUCCCCUCCCCCACUUCCAACGGCACUUUCUUCCAUGUUUUCUCCUCCUUGCACCGAGCGCGCGCCAAUGACCUCCCCCUCCCACUAAGUUCCCCUCCCCUUUUCUCGCGCGUGCUUCACGUGUCGUCCUUUUUGCACUCUCUUACACAGCCCCUCUCAUCACACCCUCAUCACCCAUUCCUAAUCCAAAAGAUACCACGCGCGUGCGCGGAUCCCCCCUCCCACCAACCUUCUCUCGUAACAUCUCAGACCAAUUUGUGUCACCAGCGGCGCGCUGUGGUAGGUGCUACGUCGUUGUUACGUCGUGGUUACGUCGAAGCUUCAGGAUUGCAUAUUUCUUCUCGGUCCGACACAGUCGUCGUUGCCGUCGGUCCUCAUCCGCACACCAGCUUCCUCUGUCGUCUGGCGGGCGGUGUGGACCGUCCCCGUUGGUUAUCAUCGCGAUGACACCCAGCGCCCCUUAACAGACGACAGGGGCAGACAAUCCGAAAUGUCCCUUUCCCCCAUCACCAGCCCCACCCCCUUCACCUAAGCCCUAUAUACCCCUCUCCCCACCUCAACAACGUGCUCAGCCGUCGGCGUGGAACCAUGCGAGCGGCGGCGUCGUCACUGACGCGGAUGGUGUCGCUGCUGUUUGGAAGGGCCGCGCAUGUCUGACCCUCCCUCUCUUCCCUCCUUGAUGGUAGCAGCGCAGUUCUGGGUGUCGCUAUCAAGCAUCAGCGGCGCUGUGCUGCUGCUGCUGUUACUACUAUAUUGCUGUUGCCGCCUCACCCGCGGUUCUAGUGCUUGGGAUCUUCACCGCCAGGUGGUGCUGUCCCGUUUUAGCGGGUACUCUUGCGUGCACAGGUUCGUUACUUCUCCUACCUGUAUUUGUGAAAUUGGAAUUGUAACCACUUUAAGUUGAUGCACGUAACUUUCAGUGUAUAUCUUUGUCGGCGGAACAUUGGAGGAUACUGGCUGUACGACACAACCGCAUUUUCAUAACCGGGGGACAUGUAUACGCAUUUAGUAUCAGCGACUCGUUUCUGUUGGCUACGUGACUUCGUUGUCAACACUGUGCUGGACUACAGGAUCUUCCCGGCCUUGCAGCAGGAUCUGUUUCCUGCCAGAAGCUCGUACAGUACGCAUCACUAAUCAACCCAUCACAUCUCUAACUUUUGUGUCGUCUGCACGUCUUGGAGGUCAGUGUACAGGCCGUGACUGGGAGGGGCGCAGCGUCUCGGUGGACACCUCCAGUCACCUGCAGCGCGUGGAGAGGAGAAAUUGCUGUGGAGGUUGAGAUAAAUCAGUCUGCCCGCAAUUAAAUUCUUUAGGGUGACCUUUCGUCGCUGACGAGGAAAUCGCCCCAUGUCGUCAGUGAUGUAAAACAAGGCAGGGGGUCCUUGAUCUGACACUUAUCGAUCAACACUUUGUGGAUUUUUAUACCGGGGAGACUAGAUUUUUAUUUUUAAACCGUCACCAGGCUUCCUUGAGUUUAUUGGGUGGUAUAAAGUGGAAAGUUUUACGAGGGCACAAGGGAGAGGACAGCUCGCACUGUCUACUGGAAAACGUCAGUAGAAGUUUCGGGGCGUUGAUCUACAGUCCGUGCGGAGACCUAAUGACGAAGGUUAGAUAUGGGCUAGACGACGGCGGAUGAGAGAUUUUUUUUCUCUCAUAAAAUGUGCAAACGUCUGACCUCUGCAUUGAAGUGAUCCUUUGAUCAUAUUUUAUCGUUUCAAUUUUGUGUCGUCGCGAAACUUGAAAGUCUCGUCGAACCUGUAUGUGUGUGCGUUGUCCUGCGACGCCAUUGAAGCGCACGUGUCAGGGGUCAAGGCCAAGACUUUACGACAAGCUUGAAAGCAGUUGUCGUAAUUAGUUUGCUUCCUCUACUUAUCGUGGGACUUUGUUAGAUUUGAGAAGCCAUCGAAGUGAAAUUGUUUGCCUUUUAAAGCAGAAGUUUUUUUCCAUUCUUGUAACACGAAACAAAGGGAGAUGAACUUUCUUGCCUGACCUCUUACAGCAGUCAUGGCGACGGAUGACGUCAGAUUGUCGCUAGGCAUACUGGUGAGCAUUCUGUGUUUUCACGCUCAGCAACUGAGAGGAGAGGUUCACGCCCCAUGCUACGGCUGCCGUUUGUUUAACCUCCUGCAUCAGCAGCACCCGGAAACAGACAAAAAGCAGGAGACGGUGUGGUGCCAUUACCCGUGCCAAUGUCCCAUGGAGGAGCUGAGGUGUGCGGAAGGGGUCAGCGUCAUCAAGGACGGUUGCGGAUGCUGUUACAUGUGCGCACGGCAGCAAGGUGACAUGUGUUCACCUAACGCCAGGUGUGACGAAGCCAAGGAACUGCACUGUCAGAAGGACGGGGACAACCACACCGGCAUUUGUAAAUCCCAGGUGCAAAACCCUUGCCUGGUGGACGGCGUUCUCUACAAGGACGGCGAGCAAUUUCAGCCAGACUGCGCACGCACCUGCACGUGCCAGAACGGCUUCUACGGCUGUGUCACCAAGUGCCCGCAGGAGAGCAAACCUCCGUCCAGCGCCGCUUGCCUCAACCCACAGCUGCUACCCGUGGUGGGAAAGUGCUGCAAGGAGUGGACCUGCCUCAAGAUGGAGGCGUCCGAGGCAGGUGGUAGCCUGCUGGAUGGCACUCGUGGUCUGGAGAGUGAGGCGCUCAUCCUCCAGCGACCUCUGUGGUGUGAAUAUGACCACCACUACAGAAACAACCACGACAACCACGUCGACGGUGCGGCCCUACUGUCACGUGACCACGACGGAGUGGUCGCCCUGCUCCGUGACGUGCGACGCGGGGAUGUCGGUCCGGAUCGUAACCGACCCCAGUACACGUGCACCACACGUCAGGACCGGCGGAUCUGCUUCCUCAGGCCCUGCGGACCAAUCGUAGAGACACAUGGCCGAAGCACGUGCACACCGACGACCCGCAGCGGGCAGAAGUCCCACGUGAAAUUCCAGGACUGCAUCAGCUUGCGGCAGUACCGCCUGAAGUGGUGCACCACGUGCCGGAGGGAGCGCUGCUGCUACCCCAAGCGCACACGCACGCGCUUCAUGCAGUUCGAGUGCACAGGGGGCGUGCGCGAGACCAUGCAGUUCAUGUGGAUCAAGAAGUGCCGCUGCGACAGCCGCUGCUACCGCGAGGACCGGAACCGGAAGCGGGGUUCCAGCCGCCGUCAGCAGCAGGGAAAGCGGCGACGUCAGCGCUGGCACGGGGCGUGAGCGCGGGAUGUCUUUCAGCAAGGGGGAGGAACAAAGGAAAAAAGAGUUAUCAAAAGAGGAGGGUGGAUACCCUUGGGACGCACCCGAGGGUUUAUAGGUGCCAGUGACGUCACUUAAGUCGAAGACGCUACAUCACUGCACCGAGGUCGAGUGACGUCAUGUGUUGGGAGGGUGGGAGGAAGGUUGAGGGAAAGGGUGUGAAGAAGAGACGACGACUCAGAGUUGACCGGUAUGGCACUGGACAUUGGUGAAUGGGGCAAACACGAGUAAUUAGUUAAAGGCCUACCCGAGUACAAAACGAUUAUUAAAUGCCUGGGUUUCUGAAGAUAAUUAAUUUUCCCGAAUCGUGUUGAAUAAAGCACGGGGGAAAAUCUUUAAAAAUAGAAUUCUCAAUCAGCGUUUUAGGAAAGAUAUCUAAGUCUCCUUUCCGCGUGUGAUCACAUAUGUUUCCCAGCGCCUCGUAAAAAUAAUAGUCAAGAAACAAAAAACAAAUUUCAAAACUGUGACUGACAACCAAAAGACUCUUACUCUCUAUCAGCCAUCUGUUGGCUGAAUGUUGUUUGUCCUUGCUCAGAUUUCAGAGAAUAGAGGAGGAUGGUGGACAAACAUUAACUGAAGUAUCACAAUUAAUAUACAUCAUAGCACCCAUGCACACACGUGAUAUUAACAAAGGCUUAGUGAAAUUAUCUUAGCAGAGAGUACCGCUAGGUAUGUCUAAAAAGUAUUUUUCAAUGGACGACUGCCAAACAAAAAUUUGUGCGUAAUAGAAGUGUAUGUAAAGAAAAAUAUUUUUUGACAGAACUGCAGCAAAAAGCUCAUAAAUAUUUAUCUGGGUUGAGGAAAAGAUUUUGGAGAGCGUCUUUAAUAAUUCGGAGAUAUACAUAUUUUUCAACAAAAGCUUAUUUUGGUAUGAUUAUGGAAUGUCGCCGAAUGUUUUAAGCUUCUAAGUAAUGUAGUAAGAUGUAAAAAAAAAAUCAAAAUCAAACGUAUUCUCAUCUCAUUGAUUCCGUACUUUUAUAAAAUAAUUUAGAAGAAUAUUAUUUAAGGCAGAUCAUUGUGUGUAUGUAUUUUACCACUUAUAUGGACAUUUUGCAUCAGAAUACUUUUUUUCCUUUCUCUGUCAGUGAAAUUUAUGUACAGCUCAAAGAGGGUUUGGGAAAAAGUGGUUGGUAGAGAACUGAGGUGUUUGCAAUUAAAUAUUCGGUAUAUAUAAAUAUAUAGAUAUUAAGUAUGUGAGUGCUGUGCCGUCUCUGGCAUUCUCACAGUGCCAGGGAUAGCAACGUCUGGCUAAGAAUGAAUGCCGAAGUCUACUAAGCUGGUGUCACACUUUAGAGGAUUGUCAGCUGAUACUUGUGGCCUUUGUGCACCUAGCGCCAUCUCGCCUCCGGUAGUUUCUUCGCCUCACCUCCAACCGCCCGCAUGCGUUAGCGCCCAGUGUGCUAUCGUGGAAGACUACAAUUGCACCAUUUUGGGUUUUUUUCUCAUUUUCUCUUACUGUUUGCGUGUAUGUAUAAGUAUGGAUGAGUUUGUGAGUGGGAUCACACAUGAGUUUUAUGCGUGUAUGUGCCUGCGUGCAUAUAGCCAAGAAAGCCAAAGAGAGAGAGAAUAAAGAAAGAACAAAUUAUUAAAAUUCUUAUAAUAUCAUUAAGAGUAUUAGUUUAUUGUUUUCGUUGUAGUCAGUGUUAGAGAUUUUCCUCCCUUUAAAUUAGGGCGAUUUGAAAUAUUUUAUAACAUUAUUCGCGAGCCAUACAACAUUAUCAACUUAAAGAUUAGCCUUGGUAAAGCCGUAGUUUCGCCACACUACGUUUGGCACCGUGUGUGCUGCCACCCUGUCCCAUGAUGCACCGCAAUACAGGACACGGGGGGUCGACGAGAAGCAACCUAUCUUCUCCGUCAUGUAUCUUAUGUGACCUGACCUACCCGUAAUGGACCCUCCCUGCUUGCCCCUCAAAAUUUGCUUGAUUGUUACAAUUCACUUAAUAUAAAUUUAUGUUGCUAUGAAAAAGCUUUGAGAUUUAUUAAAUAUCGAGUCCCGCCUGCUGUGGCUUUGUCAGGGCUUUAUACGUCCCGCGGUCCUGAAGUUCCUCAUCCCUGCUUUAAAGAAUCUCUUCAGGCCCCCAAACUUAAUCAUAACAGUAGUUCUCUCCCUUGUUAAAUGUCAUAUCGGUGCACAAAGACCGAUAACUCAACUCCUCGCAUUUUGCGAAAGUGUUCCCGUUGCAGGCGUGAUGAAAGAAGAAGAAGAAAGAUUGAAGAGACACAGCAGACCGUAAAUUAACCGCCAUGCCCCAACUCCCAAUCCGCCGUCUUGCCUUUCAAGUCGACCGAUUCUUAUUCAUUUCAGUUAAUCUGUCAGACGGGAUCAAUAACAACAGAGAUUUACACACACUCUCUCACACAUAUGUCACCAUAGAAAAUCGAGAACGCCGUUUCCCUUUUACCAAUGGCGCUGUUAGCAGAAAAGUUCCCCCCCAAAAAAAAAUUAAUUAAAUCAAAGCUGAAGUUCGUUAUCUUCAAUGUUAUCUUGCUAUCACCUCUUUUUUCCAAACUAAAUAUACAUUGUUUACCAAGUUCAUCUCAAUUUUAAAUAAGAAAAUGUAAGUAGUCAGAUUAUUUCAAAUUACAAGUGUCCGCCAUUUUUUUUUAUCCUACCAUUUUUUAAUAACAGAAAGAGUUUUGUUUAUUAAAAAAAAUCUGUAAAACUGCAUUGGGAAUUUUUUGUCAUGAAAAAUAUCAAAUUUAAUAGGGUUAACACAACUCUAACGGGUAAAAGAGCUUAGCUAGGAGGCAGGUUUGUGUGUAAAGACUGCUGGUAAGUCGAGAUUCUCGAGAAAUGCACUUUAUUACAGUAAGGAAAACACAAGAUAUGAAGUACUGUAUAAACUAUGAUUGUGUACAUCUUAUCAUUGAUUUCCAUGGAUUAUUCAAAAUAUGGAAGUAACUGAUUAUUGUUACUUAUAAGGAAGAAAAUUUCUUACAGUAUGUCGGGGUAUCAAACAAUAGCAAAGUUCAAGUUCGCAGUGUCUUUGUUAAUUUAUUUUUAAAAAUGUCAGAAACCAUGUGGAAAAAAUUAUAAAGUAAAAUCAAACAUUUACAUGCUUGAGAAAAAUGAGGAGUGAAUGAAAGAAUUUUCUGAACCUAAAAUGUAUUGGUGAUACAAACCACAAACUUACUGGCUUGUAUUUUAAAACUAUGACCAUCUUGAUGUAAUGAAAUGACAAACGGCGAUAGAUUCCUAGUCUUCUACACCAGCAGGCCAUGACUGGACUGUGGUGGGCUGGGAACUGCUGUGGUUGUUCACUUUCUGCACUCACAGACAAAUUUUAAGGACCUGAUCGUUUUUUGAAGACUUCACGAAGAUUCUGAAGAACUUGAUUAUAUAUAAGCUGAUAUCAGCUUCUGUGGUCGUUGUAUGAUCAUUUCGUUGACGUAUGGGGGAACCCCCCUUUAGAAACAAUUUCGUUGUCUUCGUAUUCUUGUUUUCUGAUUUUGUCGUGUAAUUUACAGGAACAGAUCAUGGCUGUCCUUUAUCAUCGUUUUAUUAGUAGUAUGUGUUAAAUGUGAUUUGAAAAGACUUGUAUUUUAAGUAGUAUGUUCACGUCCUGCGGAGGCCAUAUUUAUGAAGAGAGGGUAAGUCGUUAUCCUGGAACAAAAACAAGGGCACGCAUCUUGUCUCCGUGUCUCCAGACAGUGAGAAUGACUUUACCCCUGGGGCCGUGGUAAAUAUUUCCUGGGGUAAAUAACACCAAGCAAUAUCCAAUGGACAGUGCGUGGUAACCACGGAGACAAUUUUUACCGCCGAAUUACCCUUGCUUCGUGAAUGCGGCCCCUGAUAGUGUCGCCCAAUAAUCCUCCACUUCUGUUUCUUUCUUGCUUUCUUUCUUUUUGGUCGCACCGACGUGUAAUUCUUGUCAUGCGAAGUUGCUGUCGACAAAAUAAACUGUCUUAAUUGCAAGUAAACAAAGUUGAGAGCUCCCUUUAUUCUCGAAAAGGGCGCCAACGAUCAGUGCGAAACACUGACAGAGAUCAGCAGAAGCACAUCAUCGGCAGAUUUGAAAAACUCAGCAAUAAAGAAAAUAAAAUAAUAUUUGUAUACUUG